UAUGCAAUUCAACAAUUUGUUAACAUAGUUGAAUAACUCAGUAUGCUGUGCGUUAAUGAUUUUCGUUUCUUUACCAGUGUCUAAUGCAUACAUGGUACAUGGCGGCUGACAUCCAACUGUUCAUCGUCGGGCUGACGAUUCUAAUGGUGCUGUGGAAAUGCAGUAGUCUGCUGCGACCAAUGAUAUAUUUUCUUCUUGUGGUCGGAUUCAUUCUACCGAUGGUGAACGUGUACUACAACUCAAUGGACGCCGUCACGAUAAUAAAUAUAAAGGAAUUAGCAUUUAUAGUGUGGUACGAUGAAUGGUUCACGCGAAACUACCAAGCAACGGAAACGCACUUCCUGUGUUACUUUGGUGGGGUGUUAGUAGGGAUCAUCUAUCACAAAAUGCAAAAGGAUGACCAGCUGCUGGCAAAAUCAAAGCUGUAUACAGUGCUUCAGUAUACCACGGUGCCGAUGCUGGUCUUAGUUUGCCUACCGGCUCCACUUCUCCAGCUGUCCAACUUUAGCAAACCUUCCGUGUGGAUGUCCAUAUACGCCGGAGUUGUUCGACUGGUCGCAACUAGCUUCGGGUGCGUUGGUUGGUUGCUGCUCCUGUUUGCCCAGCCGGGUAGCUUUUUUGGGAAACUUCGGAUGUCCAAUAUGCUGCAGAAUGCAUUCUAUAGGGUCCUCGGUAGGCUGAGCUUUGGCUACUACUUGAUCCACAUAAUUGUAAUGGGAGCGAUUUUCGGUAUCCAUCAUGAAGCUAUGAGGAUAUCGGUUGGGCUGGUGAUCAUCGUGUUUUGUUCAACUGUGUUGAUCACUUUACUUCUAUCGCUACUGGCAUACAUUUUGGUGGAGAAACCAUUCGAUAUUAUAUUUAAACAACUGUUAAGUAGCGGAACGAGAGAGAAAGAGAAAAAUGAUACGAUAAUCUCACAAACUAUAUGCAACAAUCACACUGACAUUCCCAAACAGUUAAACAUCAUUCCCGAGCAUUCGCUUGAGCUUGGAGAUAAGCUUAAAGAGUAAAGGAUGGACUGGACGGUUCGCUAUGACACUUUUUGACAAUUGAACAAGAAAAAGAAGAGAUUUAUCUCUUCGGGAUUUUGGCGAUAGAAAAACAGAAGAAAAUUAUUUUGUGUUAUUAUAUCCUAAUGAUCCGAGCGACGGAGGAAGUAACUACAUCGUAUUAUUUGACCAAAAAAGUGGUACAAACGAAAAAGAGAAAAUAAACUUGAUCCGACACCGUCCAUUUUCAGAAAUAUUAGCAACAAAUUUAAUAUAUCAGACGGUGAUUUUGAGAAAUUGUUUCGAAUGUCAAAAUAUUUAUGUGUAAUGUUGAUCGAAUUGAGGGAUCAACCAUUAAAUCCGAUUUCCUUGAAAGAUGAAAGAACGACUAAAAUCCCGUUAGCUCGAAUCGAGCUAGCAUUCUUUCAGCAGUUUAAUAUUCCCGGAAUCGUUGGAGCCAUCGAUUGCACACAUGAUCUAUAACUAUGUAUUUUUUGAGACAACAAUUAACGUAGAAUCGAACAUUUCAUUAAUUAUAUACCAAAUUGUUUACUUAUACGGUACCAUAAAUAUAAAAACAUUUUCCUGAAAAGGGCGAUACCAGUAAUAGCUUCAUUUUAAGAAAAUCAACACUGAAUAUUCCCGGAUGUAGUUACAAUAUCGAUUUAAAAAUUGUUGUUUUUCCGUCCUAAAUCGCAUGAUCCAGCGAUUGAAGCGUAAAACUUCAUAAAGUCUUCAAAAUUAUUAAAUUAAAUUUAGGUUUUACUGCAUGAAUCGGCUCAAUAAAGGUAUCGUCCUUAUGGCGAAUGUUUAUUUUUUCA